AUGGUCGCGGUAAGGGGCACUUUUGGAACUUGGUUGCGGAAGGGAGGUAUGAGGGCUUCUGCGACGGUGACAGUGGCAAGGGGCUUAGUCUGCAGUGGCGGUGGCGAUCGGAUAAAUACGGCAUCGAGAGUGUUCUUGAAGAUAUGGCGGAAUCGAGUAGUUUUUCAAAUGCUUUCCUAUCAAAGGAAUCAUACAGUGAGCUUCCACAAUCCCAAAUCGGAGGCCGAUUGGUGUGAGCAAUUGCGGAUUCCAAAAGGCAAGCUGGUCUCCUUGGCACAAGCUGGGCAUGCCAUCACCAGUGAUAUUAUAAAUGCUGAAGAAGGUGAUAUUUCUAUGGUUUAA